ACAACCGCCGUCGUUGAGUGGGAGUGGGACGGGGCGACGCGUUCCUUAGCCACCCCAGAUCCAGACAAUGUUGCGAUACGAUUUACGUUACAUAUCGAUUCGACCCAUGACCAGCAUCGCGCUCACUUCGAGAUAAUCAUCCCUCUCAGAUUUAAAGACAAGUCAAGUGGUGCGGCGGUUUUCCUCCGAAUCAGCCCUUUAAUCAUCACUUGUUUCCGCUUUUCUACAAACAUCGACCCUUCGGACUCCAUAAAGCAGCGAUUUGACUCUGCCACAUGUCUCGAGUUUGAACUGAGCAAUCCUAUUACCGUACUCGUUCCUAGCUACGUCAAAGAGCCAAUAUCAGCCUCUCGGCCACGCUCUGGCAAGGUUCUUGACUCUCUCUAUGAGCUAUCCAGUGUCACUGCUCUUCGAAUCUAUAUACAGGAUUCUCUGUUGUCCCUCGACGAACUCAAUUCCAUCAGCGACAGAGUAGCAAAACGUCAGUUCGAGCCCUUCUCUGGCCCUGAUUAUGAUAUUUCGCGCAUGUUCAGUGGCAGCGGAGCAAAGGUUACAAACCUCGCUCCACCCAAACCACCAUCAUACGAGAAAGCGACGAGCUUACAACCGCCGAGCGCUCCCUCUUAUCAACGAAAACGACCUCGACAAGACAGUCUACAAGGGCCUGAUAGCAUCAGCCAGGUCUGGGACAAGCUACAGAAGCUAGAAUCAAUCUUUCACGAUAAGGUCGGAGAGCUAACAGCCGAGAAUGCUAAGCUCCGAGACCAGAAGCCAAAGCUUGGAGAAUCACAAGCUGAGAAUACCCAGCUUACAGACCAGUCACAGGUGGUUCUAGAGCUGAGAGCUGAGAACGCUCGGCUUCGAGAAGAGGUAGAGCGUUUGAAGAACAGGCAGGAGGAUCUGGAGGCAGAGGUCGCAUUACUACAAACCGCGCAAGCUAGUGAGAAGGAUACAGAGGAGGUUGCGAUAAUAGAAAUACGGGACGAUAUUGAGUCACUGGAACGUAGACUGUCUUGGAUCGAGAAUGGAAAAGAUGAAUACUUGAUGAAGCAAAUAAAGCAAGAAAUUUUUGAUGAGUUAGCCACGCGUAUUUUGGGUGGCUAG